AUGUCUGUUGCAAUCAUCGAACAUCCGGAAACCAUGGAUGAAACUGGACACAAACCAAAAACAGGUGGUUUAUUAGAUCCACGAAUGGGAACAAUCGAUCGUAAUUUCAAAUGCAUGACAUGUAAUGAAGGCAUGUCUGAGUGUCCUGGUCAUUUCGGUCACAUAGAACUGGCUAAGCCGGUAUUUCAUAUUGGAUUUCUUCCCAAAGUAAAGAAGAUUCUCGAGUGCAUAUGCGUCGGCUGUUCUAAGCUCAAGACAGAUGACUCGAAUCCAAAAUUUGUUCAAGCUCGCAAGAUUCGCGAUCCGAAAAGACGUCUUCGUGCGGUAUGGGAUAUAUGUAAAUCGAAGAUGACUUGUGAGAUCGGUGAAGAGCAAAAUAAUAAUGAAGGGGACGACAAGGAGCUCGGAGAAUUUGCUAGUCUCAUGCCUCAGCAAAAGAACGUUGAGACGACAGAUGAAGUCCUAGGAUUGAAAAAAAAGAAACCGCAUGGUGGAUGUGGUGCACGUCAACCUAUUAUUCGAAAGGAUGGCUUGAGACUAUUUGCUAACUAUAAACCGAAGGAUGAUGGAGAACAAGGACAAGAUACACGACAGCCUUUAACGCCUGCGCAUGUCUAUGAGAUUUUCAAGAAAAUUAGGCCACAAGAUCUCGAGGCCAUGGGCUUGAAUGCCGAGUAUGCACGUCCAGAUUGGAUGAUAAUCACGGUACUGCCUGUGCCUCCUCCACCCGUACGUCCAAGUAUACAAAUGGAUGGUGCUGGCCGUGGAGAAGAUGAUUUGACGCAUAAAUUAGCUGACAUAUUAAAAGCGAAUCAGAAUGUAAGACGCUGCGAAUCUGAAGGGCAACCAGCACAUGUCAUAAGCGAAUUUGAAACAUUGCUACAGUUCCAUUGUGCAACUUACAUGGAUAACGAGAUGGCCGGUCAACCUCAAGCUUUGCAGAAAUCAGGUAGACCACUCAAAUCGAUUCGCGCACGGUUAAAAGGCAAAGAAGGCCGUCUUCGAGGAAACCUGAUGGGUAAACGUGUUGAUUUCUCAGCACGUACUGUUAUCACGGGUGAUCCCAAUAUUUCCGUUGAUGAAGUUGGCGUGCCACGCAGUAUAGCUCGUAACUUGACAUAUCCCGAGCUCGUCACUCGACUUAAUAUUGAUCACUUACAAGAGCUUGUAAGAAACGGUCCAUCAGAACACCCAGGUGCUAAAUAUGUCAUUAGAGACACAGGGGAGCGUAUUGAUUUAAAGCAUUACAAGCGUGCGGGUGAAGUGCGUUUGCAAAUUGGAUGGAAAGUAGAGCGUCAUAUUGAUGAUGGUGACAUUGUAAUAUUCAAUCGACAACCUUCACUGCACAAAAUGUCAAUGAUGGGUCAUAGAGUAAGAGUAAUGCCGUACUCUACUUUCCGGCUUAACUUGUCGGUCACCACACCUUAUAAUGCUGAUUUUGAUGGAGAUGAGAUGAAUAUGCAUAUACCACAAUCUGUAGAAACAAAGGCCGAGAUCAUGGAGAUAUGUAUGGUACCAAAACAGAUUGUCUCUCCGCAGUCAAAUAAACCCGUUAUGGGUAUUGUUCAGGACACUUUAUGUGCGAUCCGCAAGUUUACGAAAAGAGACUGCUUCUUGACUAGAGAUUUAGUAAUGAACAUUCUCAUGUGGGUGCCCGAUUGGGAUGGACGCAUUCCAAUACCUUGCAUCUUGAAACCAGUACCGAUGUGGACUGGUAAACAGAUUUUGUCUAUAAUUAUACCGAAAGGCAUUAAUUCAGAUAAUCUCAGACAUUCAACGCAUCCUGAUAAUGAGACGUCUGAUAUUUCACCUGGAGAUACAAAAGUAUUAAUUGAAGAUGGGGAGUUAUUGAGCGGUAUUGUCUGUAAGAAGACUGUUGGUACAUCGCAACAAGGUUUAAUACACGUAAUUAUGCAAGAAUUGGGACCAGAGGCAGCCAAGAACUUCCUAAAUGGAUGCCAGGGUGUUGUCAACUAUUGGUUGCUACAGAACGGUUUCAGUAUUGGAAUUGGCGAUACUAUUGCUGAUAAGGAUACUAUCGAGUCAAUUGCUUCUACAAUUAGUAACGCCAAAUCACGUGUGCAGGAAAUAAUCAUACAGGCACAGCAAGACAAGCUGGAACCGCAACCGGGUAUGACUAUUCGCAAGACUUUCGAAAACAAAGUCAACAAAGAACUUAACACGGCCCGUGAUGCUGCUGGUCGUUAUGCCGAGAAAAGUUUGGGAGAGUAUAACAAUGUCAAGCAGAUGGUAAUCUCCGGUUCUAAGGGUUCUUUUAUCAACAUCUCCCAAAUGUCGGCUUGUGUGGGUCAACAAAACGUAGAGGGCAAGCGUAUUCCAUUUGGCUUUAAGUACAGAACAUUACCUCACUUUACAAAAGAUGAUCACAGUCCAGAAAGCAGAGGCUUUGUCGAGAACUCUUAUUUGCGUGGACUUACGCCGACAGAGUUCUUCUUCCACGCUAUGGGUGGUCGUGAAGGACUAAUUGACACGGCUGUUAAAACUGCCGAGACUGGAUAUAUUCAGCGUCGUCUGGUGAAAGCGUUAGAGGACGUAAUGGUUAAGUAUGAUGGAACAGUGCGUAACUCUUUGGGCGAUGUGAUACAAUUUUGUUAUGGUGAAGAUGGCACAGACGGAUGUUAUGUUGAAUCACAGACACUUGAUUCCCUCCGACUAAGUGAUGCAGAUUUUGAGAAGAAAUAUUAUGUCGAUUUAAGGAAAGAACCGGAUUUGAAUCCAUCUCUUGUAGAUCCUCGUAUCUGGGAUCGGAUCAGUGACGAUGGCUCAGACAAGUAUCAGCAAUAUUUAGAACAAGAAUACAGCAGGCUACUGGAGGAUCGAAAGAUACUACGCGAUUUUAUCUUUCCGAAUGGUGAUAGCAAGUGGCCAUUGCCCGUCAAUAUUAAACGUCUUAUUAAAAAUUCACAACAAACAUUCAAAAGUCAUUUACGCGGCGGUAGUGACAUCGAUCCAAUAGAGGCAAUAACAGAUCUCAAUAAACUUAGUGAGCGCCUAAAAGUUGUCAAUGGUGAAGAUAAGAUUAGCGUUGAAGCUCAGCGUAACUCGACAUUAUUAUUCCAAAUAUUGCUCAGAUCAACACUUGCCACCCGACGAUUGAUCGAAGAGUAUCAUCUCGACACUCAGGCAUUUAAAUGGAUUCUGGGCGAAAUUGAAGAGAGAUUCCAACGUUCGCUUGUUGCUCCUGGAGAAAUGGUUGGUACGGUUGCAGCACAAUCAAUUGGUGAGCCAGCAACACAGAUGACUCUGAACACUUUCCAUUAUGCCGGUGUAUCCAGUAAGAACGUAACACUCGGUGUCCCCCGUCUAAAAGAAAUUAUUAAUGUAGCAAAGAAUAUCAAGACACCCUCAGUACAUAUUUAUUUGGUUCCAGAAUAUGCUAAGGACAUGGGUUGUGCAAAAGAAAUACAAAGUGCUAUCGAAUAUACAACACUCAAAACCGUUACGCAGCGUACUGAGAUUUGGUAUGAUCCGGACCCGAAAACCACUAUAAUAGAGGAAGACAAAGAAUUCGUAGACCUUUACUAUGAAAUGGAGAACGAGACUCAGGGUGGUGAAGAAGGCCAAUUGGCAGCAUCACUUUCACCUUGGUUAUUGAGAUUCGAAUUGGACCACAGCGUGAUGCUUGAUAAGAAGUUGCCUAUGGAUGUUGUAGGCAACAAAAUUCAAGAAAACUAUAAGCGUGACGUACACGCCAUUUGGAACGAUGAUAACGCGGAGAAAAAAGUCAUUCGGUGCCGUAUUAUAAGCGAAUCGGGAACUGUCAAGGAAGUUGAUGAAGAGGGCGGAAGCAUUGUUGAAGAAGACGUAUUUCUUAAGCGUCUUGAGAGUAACAUGUUAUCUUCAAUCGGUCUUCGCGGUAUCAAAGGGAUUGUUCGCGUAUACCUGAUGGAGAAUAAAAACAGCCGAGUGUAUAUUAAUGAAACAGGGAAUAUUUGCAGGGAUGAUGAGUGGACAUUAGAAACUGAUGGAACCAAUUUAGCGGAAGUUUUGUGUGUGGAUCAUGUUGACCAUAGGCGUACAUGUUCGAAUAAUUGUGUUGAAAUAAUGACCGUCUUGGGUAUCGAAGCCACUCGUGCUGCACUUCUUAAAGAGCUUCGAAGUGUUAUCGAGUUUGAUGGUUCAUAUGUUAAUUACCGCCAUUUGGCGCUGCUUUGUGAUGUAAUGACUUCGCGGGGUCAUCUAAUGGCAAUUACACGUCACGGAAUCAACCGUGCAGAGACGGGUGCGCUAAUGCGAUGCUCAUUCGAAGAGACUGUCGAAAUUUUAAUGGAGGCAGCUGCUGUUGGUGAAGUUGAUGAUUGUAAAGGAGUAGCAGAGAACAUUAUGUUAGGACAGGUUGCGCCUCUAGGUACUGGUGAAUUCGAUGUUUAUCUUGACGAAGAGAUGCUGAAAACGACAGCCAUCCAGCAGCCUAUGCAGAAUGCUACAGAACAGACGACUACAUCGGACAUGGAAUAUCGUCGUGCAAUGGGUGCCAUGACACCUGGUCAUAUGACACCUGGUAGGAUGACAUAUUCUGGAGCACAAACACCAAUGUUUGCAGAAACGCCAAGCUAUGGAGCUAGGUCACCAGGUUUGUAUGGCGACUUUUCACAACCAUUGCUGCCAGGGACUCCGAUGUUCUCUCCACAGCGUGAAGGCGGCUCGGCAAGUCCUACUAUGGUUGGCAUUAAUAUGUCAUGGACCGGGGCUGUCAGUCCAUACGGAAGUAGUGGUACACCGGUAUACGGUCAUCCAACGUCACCGGGAUAUUCUCCAACAUCGCCAACAGCGUAUGCUCAUUCUCCUUCUGGAUUAUCCCCAGCAAGUCCGGCAUACAGUCCAACAAGUCCGAGCUAUUCACCAACUAGCCCAUCACAAUCAUACGGUGCUGGUAUAUCUGGACUUGGUUUAGGGGCCAAUGGAACGCAUUCGACGCCAUCUUAUUCAGUAUCUAGUCCAUCAUAUUCCCCCACAAGUCCAUCAUACUCUCCUACAUCUCCGAGCUAUUCGCCCACAAGUCCAUCGUACUCCCCGACAUCACCCAGUUAUUCUCCAACAUCUCCGAGCUAUUCACCAACAAGUCCAUCAUAUUCGCCGACAUCACCCAGCUAUUCUCCAACUAGUCCAUCGUAUUCACCAACAUCUCCUAGUUACUCACCAACUAGUCCUUCUUACUCACCAACCAGUCCAGCUUACUCGCCUACGUCUCCUCAAUAUUCUCCGACUUCACCAUCGUAUUCACCUACUUCGCCCUUAUAUACACCCACAGCCACAUCGGCUUUCAGCCCAUCGUCUCCGGCUGCGAUGUCUCCAUCGUUUACUCCGAAAUCUCCUAGUUACAGUCCCACAUCACCUUCCUAUUCACCUCGAUGA